AUGGCUAGCUUGGAGGCCACCGCAGUCUUGGGACUCAACGCAGUCCGUGGGCCCAAUGCAGUCUGCAAUCCCACCGCACCCUUGGGAUACACCGAAUCCUCAGGGCCCAAUACAGUCUUCAACCCCACCGCACCCUUGGAAUACACCGAAUCUUCAGGACCCGUAUCAGCCUUCGAACCCACCGCAGCCUUUGAACCCACCGCAGCCUUCGAACCCACCGGAAAACCCAGAUGGGAUUACACCAGCUUUGCCGGCGAGCUUAUCACAAGCUUCAACGCAAAAACCAAGUUCAACAGCGACUGA